UAAAAAAUAACAAAAUGGCUGACGCUACUGUUAGUGUACGGGCUCAUUGCAAACUGUUACUGCAUGCUGCUAAAUAUCCCCACAGCUCAGUAAAUGGCAUUUUAUUGGCGGAGGAUAACAAAAAUAAAGAUCUGACUAAAUCACUACGUUAUGUUGACUGCGUUCCUCUAUUCCAUGUGUCAUUAGGUUUAGCACCCAUGUUAGAAAUCGCUCUUUUGCACGUUGAUGCUUACUGUAAAAGUAAAGGAUUGGUUAUUGCUGGAUAUUAUCAGGCAAAUGAAAAUUUGAAUGAAAAUGAAAUGAAUCAUGUUUCUAAGACAGUGGGCACGAAAGUUCAGGAGAAUUUCCAUGAUGCUUGUGUCCUAAUUGACAACAGGAAAGUAAAACCAGAAACUGUUUCCCAGCCAUAUAAAGUGUUUGCUCAUAAAGAAAACGGAUGGAAAGAAAUAGAAAAGAAGAGCUCCUCAACAGAAGAUGAGUUACAAAAAGAACAAUGCCUCUACACCCUACUCAAGUCUGGAGCACAGCGACAUGUAAAAGAUUUUGACAACCAUUUAGAUGAUGUUCGGAAUGAUUGGAGGAACUUGGAACUUAAUGAUAUGAUUGCUCGGUGUAUAUAACAUUGCAUCCAUUCAGUCAUGCAAAUUUCAUUUUGUAAGAUAUUAAAAUAACCUUUGCAUGUAAGUGGCCAGUGAGAGCUGUGAAUGUCAUAAUUUAAAAAGGUGAUUGCUUGUCUGUACAUGAGUGUUACAUUAAGACUAUUGUUAGUAUAAGGAAGAACUCAUUCUAAGUGUAAUGCUUGUGUUUAACAAGUCUGUAUGAUGCUAGCAUACCUCUUUUUGUUAUAAAAUUUAUUAUAUUCAGAAUAAAGAAUUGUUAAGUGUUAUUAUUGAUGGUUAUCACAUUUUCUUAAAAUCUCUGUAUGCAAACUUUAUAGACACAUUUCUUUUUCUCAUAAACAAAAAGCAUUUAAUGUUUUGUAAAAUUUUGGUUGGUUAAGAAAAUUGAAGACACUUUUUUUCCCAAGUGUUUAAAGUAAAGUUUUAAUAUA